AUGGCUCAUAUUGCUGAAUACAUCGUCAGUAUUGAUGUUAACCAUAUAACAAAACCACCCUCUCAGUCCUCAAAUGACUUAAAUCAGCUUCAUCCAGAGAAGCCAUUUACUUGGGGAGUGCGACAGCCCGACCCACCGCGGAAAUACCAGUUCUUCCCUAAGGAGAGGAGGUUGCCGGUCCUUAAUAGCAGGACUAAAGGCGUGGACGUCGAGAAAGCUAUUUCUACACCUUCGCUGCCAACGAGUGAUAAGAUAGACAAGCUCGCGCCAGCUCCCAGUGGCCUGAAAAAGAGGCUCAAUCAGUAUAGUUUGGUCCGACAGCGCAAAAUCAGUGUACCAGAGCUUGGGCCUAUGACAGCAGUUCAAGAACUUGACAUUGAUUCCCCGGCUAUUCCUGGACGCCCGCCGCCCUCACGCGCGCGCUCCACUAGUGUCCCUAAUAAUUCGUUCGGAGAGUACCAGCUUACGGAUACUUUCCUUUACAUCUCCAGCGCUGAUAAAGGUUCCCAGUCUCAGUCUCUCGGCAAAGAGGCUCCUCAGGCAUGCCCUCAAGGCAUAGCCACCGUCUCGCCGAAGUGCCUUGACCCUCUGGUCAACCCCAAGUCUGAUGUACCAUUACCCUUACUGCAGUGCCUGCAAUCCCUCAACUACUUCCCUACUAGGAAUGAAUCUCCUAGACAUGGCCGCAUCAAUGGAUCCCCUCAAAGCCGCACGGCCUCCAUACCCAAGUCUUCUAUACCCGAUCUCACGGCACCUAAGUCAGCAUCGACCAAUGCCACGUCCUGCGGCACGCCAGCUACUCUUGUUUUAGCAUCACUAAUGGAGUCUAGUGCCGCAGAUCUUAACCUAUGGGAUGGAAGUUACACUCCUCCCACCAUCACGACGGAAGUAGGUAAUGCCUCCCGAGGCCACCGAAGGGGUGACUUGGAAUCAUCGGGGACUAUGGGCAGAGGCCUACCGAGGGAGGGAUCUGGCUUAGGCGCCAACAACGAUCCAUUCAUCCAGAGACCAGAGCCGAGGAGAGGCAAGAGCUUGGAGCAAAAGUCCUUCGAACCGUUGCCUAUUGGUCUGAAGCAAGCCGAUGCCUUUGAGCAACUCGAGCAGUCUGAACUUACGUUACUUCAAAAGAAAGCGCUCGACCAGGAACUCCAUCACUUGGAUGAGAGGAUUGAAUACUUGCGUCAUACCUACAAUGCUCUUCGCAUAGGCCGCCGGAACCUCCACUCACGCAUCUGCCAGUACCUGCGCUCUUCUAGUAUCGCCAAGUUCAGCCAUGAGUUGUUGCUGAAACAGGAGGAAGUACUUGCGAGUCUGGAUGCCUCUAUUGAUGAUUGGGUGAUGAAGCUGGAUCAGGCAGAGAACCGACGAACCCGCGUUCAUCAGAAGCUUCUCGAGCAUAUUGCUGGAGCUGCAUGCCUACCUGUUGGCGGAUUGACCACUACACCGGAGCCACAGCAGACCAACACUCCUGCUUCUGGCACCGGUGACAUAUCGACUCCUUUGCGAAGCCCCUCCAAGGAAAUAUUCACAUCCGCUCGUCCCUCAAGCACCUCGCCCUCGCCUCAACGCGCCGUAGCUCGGGUUCUCAGCACCGUCGUGGAGCAGUCUAUUAUCAGAAAGGUAGCAACACGAGAACCUGAGCAGCAUGUGACAAGGACUGCAUCUCCGAAUCGAGCCGAUGUGAACAUCAUUUGCAUCUAUGCUGGUGAUGAUUUGUAUGGCCAUCUCUCCUCUAGCGUUACCACCAAUGAGCCUGUUGAGGGCGUCAUCUCCCUUCUCGCAAAUUUCGUCUAA